AUGGCUGAUGAUGGAGAUUUGCCGACAACGGUUAAUCCAUUUGAAACACACACAAACGCAGCACAUCCUGAGGCCCCUCAGGCGUCCUAUUUAUCAUAUAUACCCACCAAUUCAAUUCAAACUUCAGCACCAGCAAGAUUUUUGAGAAAUUUACUACAAGAAGAUGAAGAAGAAGUCGAAAAAAUUGAACAUUUCAAGUAUAAACAGGUAUUGGAUAGGAAAUUAACGGUCAAAUCCAUCAUUGGUUUAGGUUUCUCCAUCAUGGGUGUUCCUUUCGGUAUGUCAUCGACGUUGUGGAUAACUUUAGUUGAUGGUGCAAAUGUUACAAUGUUAUAUGGAUGGUUAGUGGUUACAUUUUUUUCGUUAUGUGUGAUCCUAAGUCUUAGUGAAAUCAUAUCCAAAUAUCCUACUUCAGGGGGUGUUUACCAUUUCAGUGCAUUGUUAAGUAAUGAAAAAUACUCCCUUAUAAGUUCAUGGUUUACUGGUUGGUUAUUAUUGAUCGGUUCAUGGACUUAUAUUGUUUCCAUACUAUUUUCAGGAAGUCAGUUCAUUUUAUCGAUUUUCGGAUUGAAGAAUUCCUAUUAUAAAGAAGACAUCUUCCUUGUAUUAUUAGUUUAUUUCAUUUUGUUGGCAUUUUGUGGUUUUAUAAAUUAUAAAUUUUCCAAAUAUUUAGAAAAAAUCAAUAGAGCUUGUAUUAUUUGGUCUUUAGGUACAAUUGUGGUCAUUGAUAUUUUAUUGUUGAUUUUUUCCGAAAGAAAUCAUUCAAUCAAGGAUAUUAUGACCAAUUUCGAUAAUUCAAGAUCUGGUUGGCCUGCUCCCUUGGCUUUCAUAGUGGGAUUAUCAGGAUCUGCUUAUACUAUGAAUGGAUAUGGGAUGUUAUUGUCUAUGACAGAUGAAGUUAAAAAUCCUGAAAGGAAUUUACCUAAAGGUAUGGUAUCUUCCAUCUUAAUUACAUUCGUUAAUGGUUUAAUUUUCAUCAUUCCUUUAUUGGUCAUUUUACCAGAGAUGACUUUGUUAUUGGACGACACACCUGAAAUUAUGCCUAUUGAUUUGAUCUUCAAAUUUGCUAUCAAAUCUUACGUGGUGUCAUUCUUAUUGAUCUUGUUGUUGAUAGGUACUGUUUUAUUCCAAGGUAUUGGUUCAAUUACUGCUGCUUCUAGAACUACUUAUGCUUUUGCAAGAGACGGUGGGUUGCCUUAUAAAGAAAAAUGGACCACUGUGGAUGCAGUCGAAGAAGAUACUGUGCCAAAAAAUGCUAUUUUCUUAUCAAUGGGUGUAGCAGCAAUUUUACCUUGUAUAGCGAUUAUUUCUGAAUCUGCUUUCAACUCAUUUAUGGGUGCAUGUGUUAUAACAUUAACUUUAUCCAAUGGUGUACCGAUUGUUGCAUUGAUGUUAAACAAACGAAGAAAAAUCAAGGGAGGUGCUUUUAGAUUAAGAAAAUUAGGGUGGUUCAUAAAUUUAUUGUCUUGCUUCUGGAUGGUUUUAUCAACAUUAUCAUUGUCAUUACCUCCAGUAGUUAAGAAUUUACAUUUUUAUAACAUGAACUAUGCAAGUGUAGUUACAUUAGGAUUUUUGUUAUUUGCAAGCUUAUGUUAUAAAUGGUACGGGCAAAAGAAUUUUGAAGGUCCAAAAAUAGACUCGGAUUAUUUUGAAUUGCAUAAUAUCGAAGCUUUAGGUAGGGAUAGAUUAGAAGAUUUCACUGUUGGUGAUGAUGAAGAUAGCGAAAUUGUUUUCGAAGAUUCAAACGGUAAACCAUUAGAAUUUCAACCCCCCAAACCACUUCUGCCAAGUUACGUGAGUGUGAUGACUGGUUCAACCAAGAAAAACAAUGACGAUUCUGAAAUUCUCUUUGAUGCUGAUUCUACUCGAGAGAAUGUUUAG